AUAACGAUGAAAAACACCUUUAAGCAGAUCAUUAAACCUAUCGGUUUAUAUAUUUGUUCAGAUCGAAUCUAGAUUCAGAUCAUUUAUGUGUGAGUAAUGAAGGAAAACCGACCUUUGCGAUAAAACUUGCUUUCUUGGAACAAUAUCUGUUACAAAUCCAGUCAACAGAUUAACAGUGUUUGUGUACCAGUGCUUCCGUCAACUACUACUUCAUUAUGAGUUCCGCCGUUAGUCAAACAACAGUCAUUAAAAAAGAAGACAAGCAAGUAAAAAUGACGGUAAAAACAAAAUUACCAGUGAAGAAAUUCGAAAACAGAGAAUCGCUACUUACUGAUCUUUUCCAAAAUCCUCACAUUAAGACUGUCCAACAUAUUUUUAUAGCCCUAUUUCUUGGUUUAUUAGCCAAUAGAUUGGCUUUGGAUUCGACAAAUUUUAAAAAGAGUUUCUUAGGCUUAAGACUGAUUAAAUUAUCAUUUGAUAAAUUACAUGUAGUUCUUCUAGUCUGGACUUUACAAUUUGUAUGUACUUGUCUCGUAUUUGUGUUUUUCCACGUUUGGGCAAGAGUGAGGCUCAGUUUCAAUCCGAAAACAAAAUCUAGGAAAUUGUGGGAUGUAGGUUGGAUUGCCACAGUUUUUUUCUAUUACGUUUUCGGGUUUAGAACGACAGCAUCGUUCGUCAACGAUUUUAAGCUGCCUGUUGCUUCAGCUGCAAUUCUCACUUUGGAAACUACAAGAAUGUUAAUGAAGGUUCAUUCUUUCAUAAGGGAGAACGUCGAAAAAGUUCUGUUGUAUAAAGAAAAGACAGAUGAAACACUAUCCCUGCCCAAAUUCUCGUCCUACCUAUACUUCUCAUUCGCCCCAACAUUAUUAUACAGAGAUGAGUACCCCAGGACGCCCAGCAUCAGAUGGAAGUUCGUGCUGGAAAACUUGGUGCAAAUCGUCCUGAUCGUGCUGACUUACAGCGUGGUCUUCGAGAACAUCCUCAUCCCGUGGUUCGAGGAGUUCGGAAUUAGGAAGUACACGAUCUGGGAGACGAUCACUUGCAUCUCGCAAACGUGCAUUCCUGCCAUGCUCCUGAAACUGUGCACGUUCUACCUCAUCCUCCACUGUUGGCAGAACAUGUUCUCCGAACUGCUCCGUUUCGGGGACCGUUUGUUCUACAGGGACUGGUGGACGGUGACCACCUACGGAGAAUACUUCAGAACGUGGAACAUUCUGGUCGGCGACUGGCUGUACACCUACAUCUACAAAGACAUGUAUGAGAUAGUGGUGCCGAGGAACAAGCUGGCAGCUAAAAUGGCCGUCUUUGUCGUGUCAGCAGUGGUGCACGAAUAUGUGCUGACUUACAUGUUCGGCUUCUUUUUCCCCUUCUUGUUUAUUUUGUUUCUCUUCGGGGGCGCCGGUCUGAGUUACGCCACAGUGCCGAAGAAUAAUUUGUUGAAUAUUUUGUUUUGGUACGGGUUGUCUGUGGGGACUGGGAUGCUGGUCAGCAUGUACUCGUUCGAAUUUAUGGCCAGGGCGAAUAACCCCACACUAAAUCCCAGUUUUGCUGACUUUUUUAUACCUAGGUUUUUUAGAUAUAUUGAGAUGUGAGUUUUAUUUAUUUUUUACAAAUAUAUAUAUAUUUUUAUUUCAA